GCAGGAAAUAUUUUCACCAUGAGCUUACAUCUCUCUUGGUUGACAAUAUUUUUAUUUUGCCAACAUUCUUCUGGAAAUGAAAACUGUUUAAAAUCCGGAAUAUCAACGGUAUGCUGUGCAGACUACUUUGUGUCUUACGGGCAGUGCGUUCCGUGCCCAGACGGGUCAUUUGGUCCAAACUGUAUACACACAUGUCCCUAUCCUACUUACGGACGUCGUUGUUUAAUGGGUGAAUGUACAUGUCCUAAGGAAGCCUGUGAUCCAAGGACUGGCUGUAGAGAUUCAUCAAUCAAACAGUUGCCCUCAGAUAUUGCAUCUUUUACAACGACGAAUAUUCCAAAGUCAAAAAACGAAUCUACUUCUGGACAACAAAGUAUCAAUAAUUCAAAACAUCCUGAAGAAAAUGGAAACAGUCCUGAAGAGAUUAAAAACGGUUCAGGGGAUAAAACCGGUUCAGCGGCUGUCAUCGCCGUCAUAUCAGUUAUCGGUGUUCUUGUCAUCAGUUUGCUUGUAACAAUUAUAAUCUUCCAACUCAGAAGGAAAAUACAUUUGCGUCUACAGAAAUCACCAAAUCGAGGCUCUAAUGUGACCAGUCAACGACACGUUGACACUUACUGUGAAAUUGACGACAAUGAGGCGACAGAGGACGCCUGUAACACGUGGAGUGAAUCUGAAAUUUACGAACAGAUCGAUCAAUCAAAGAAGGAUGGUACUAAAUAUACAGUUCUACCGCCCCGUGAAGGCGCCUCAAAGAAGGAGAGGGCAAUAAUGUCUACUCUUUCUAUGCAGAAAAUACUGGAGGCAGACGAUGAUGAAGACACAUGUAAAACCGAAGUGCAGAUGAGAAAAGGCAAGAGCAAUGUUCAAGUUCCUCUAAACAGAACGGACAAAACUUCCACUCAAGUCAGUGGGUAUAUCGACAUGAAUAAAGAAAAAGAACUAGAGGAUUACGUUCACAUGGCCGCAGAAGAACGAGUAUCUGACAAAGGUUCACUGAGCAAAGACUGAUAAAGUAAUCUGGGGAUCAUGAAAAAGUGGUAGAUCGAAAGAAAAACAUACAUAUAAAAACAAUGUAUUUCAAUAACUUUAUUGACAGAUAUUGGAAUGUACA